GUGAAACUUGCAAAUGAUCUGAGUCGACCAUAACAGCAUAUACCGCGCUCAGCGCCCACUCAAGUUUGGCAAGCGAUCUCACGGGAUCUACACCUUUUUACCUUAUCAAAAGAACCUGUGAUUCGAAUACAGGGAAGUUUUUUUUUAAUCAGAUACGCCCACUGUGUCAACGGUCUGUUCUGGAAUCUAUGCUCAACUCCGUUGACCAGAGUCUUGGGUCUGCUCCGUCGGCCGGCUCUCAGGUGAACCAGACAGUCACGGUUGGCAAACAUCCGAGUCAUUCUUCACCUCGCACAUUCCGGGAAAUUUUCAACGAGUUCACUGCUCCCUUCACGCUGAGUCUAGUGCUCGAGAAUAAGGGUAAUGUUGCUCGUGAUCAUCUUGCAUCAGAGCGAACAUAUCUUGCCUAUAUUCGCACAAGUCUCGCAUGCGCGAGUGCUGGAGUAGCCCUUGUACAGCUGUUCACGCUUUCUAGUUCCACAAACACAAAUAUCUACAAUCAACGAGAGCGCUUUGCUCGCCCACUUGGCGCCAUAGUGGUGCUUUUGGGGUUUCUUAUAAUUGCAUUUUAUAAUACAUUCUCAUCAGUUGUAGGCCUCGUACGCUACUUCAUGACCCAGGCAGCCCUCGUACGCGGUUUCUUCCCGGUGGCACGCAAUUCUAUUGCUACCAUAGCAUUUUCUCUCGGGGCCGUCGUUGUCAUAGUUUUUGGGGUGUUAGUUGCUGAAACUCGAAACUAG